AUGGCUUACCAGGUUGAGGUAGCUUGGGAGCCUCAGGAUGAGAGACCAUCGGUUGCCGACCGUAAGAAGGUUAUUCUGUACGGCAAACGGUUCAGAUCUCUAGGCCGCAGAGCACCCACUACUAUUCCUACAGAGGCGGCCACAUCCUUAGCAGCACCUUCGGUAGGACCUUCAGCACCUUUAGCUCCUUCUAUACUAGCAGCACCAUCAUCUGCAUCACAGACGAUGUAUCGCCUUGUGCAACACCUCUUCGAGCGUAAAAAGAAAUUAGAAUAUUUUAUGAUGAGAAAGCAAAGUAAAAUUGAUGCAAUUUUUAAGAGAAAAGCUGCUGAUAAUGUUGGAGUUCAAACAAGUCAACCCUCUAAUCUUAUUUCACAAGAAGUUCAAGUAAGUGAACUCUCUAAUCUUACUCAAAAUACACAUGAACAUGAAGCCAAAGUUCCAAGAUUAGAAAGAGAUGUUGAUAUCUCUUUACUAGAAAGGGAUCCAGGAAAGCGACGUCCAAUUUGGCAGUAUAAUGUCAAUGAACGUGACAAGAUUCGUAGAGCAUACAUAAUAGCUGGGCCAUACCAACCAACAAAUAUUAGCUAUCCAGCUUCUGGUAAUAACAAUCACCGUCGUUAUUUUCAAUCUUCUUGGUUUAAGAAAUUUUCAAGUUGGUUAGAAUAUUCACCAGAAAAAGAUGCUGCUUAUUGUUUGCCUUGCUACUUGUUUAGUAAACAUUAUGGUGCUCGCAAUGAUGGAAAAAAUGCAUUUUCAGAGUUAGGAUUUAGUAAUUGGAAGAAAGUAAACAAUGGAGUGAAUUGUGCAUUCGUAUGUCACGAGGGUUCUAUUCCUAAUUCUCCUCAUAAUUUAUGUGUGAAAUCUUGUGAUGAUUUAAUGGCUGAUUCUAAGCAUAUAGACAAAGUUCUUGAUAGGCAUAGUGAUGAAACUAUUGCAAAUAACCGAUUAAGAGGCGACGAUGAAAGUCCUGGAUCUUUGAAUAGGGGAAAUUUUAUUGAGUUAAUUAAGCUUUUAGCUUCAUGUAAUCAAAAUGUUAAUAAUGUUGUCCUUGAAAAUGCUCCUGGAAAUGCUCAAUAUAUAUCUCCCGGUGUUCAAAAAGAUAUAUUGCAUAUCUUUGCUAGAAAAGUGCGUGCAACAAUUCGAGAAGAAAUUGGUGAUUCUAAAUUUUGUAUAAUUAUUGAUGAAGUAAGAGAAGAGUCAAAGCGAGAACAAAUGGCUGUGGUUUUGAGAUUUGUAGACAAGCACGGUUGUGUUCAAGAAAGAUUUUUUGAUCUUAUACAUGUUUCUGAUACGUGUUCUUUGACAUUGAAAACAGAAAUUUCAUCAGUUCUUUCUCGUCAUAAUCUUGAUGUUCAAAAUCUUAGGGGACAAGGGUAUGAUGGAGCUAGUAAUAUGCGUGGUGAAUGGAAUGGAUUGCAAGCUCUAUUUUUGAAAGAUUGCCCUUUUGUUUAUUACAUUCAUUGUCUUGCUCAUCGAUUACAAUUAGCACUUGUUUCUGCAGCCAAAGAAGUUUGUUAUGUUCAUCAAUUCUUUUCAAAACUUACCCUAAUUGUGAAUGUUGUGACUGUUUCUCCUAAACGUCAUGAUCAGUUAAGGGUUGCUCAAGCAAAUAAUGUUGCAAACUUAAUUGCCAAUGAUCAAAUUGUGACAGGUAGUGGACUUAAUCAAAUUGGUACUUUGCAAAGAGCUGGAGAUACUAGAUGGGGGUCUCAUUUGAAUUUUGUACGUAGCUUGCUAUGCAUGUUUGAUGCUACUUGUGAAGUUCUUGAAAAAAGCACUGAAGAAGGUAAUUUCUCCACUCGUGGUGAUGCUAGUGCUGCUUAUGAUGCUAUCACAUCCUUUGAAUUUGUCUUUGUUUUGCAUUUGAUGAGAAAUAUUUUGGAAGUUAGUCAUGAUCUUUGUCAAGCUUUGCAACGAAAAAAUCAAGACAUAUUGAAUGCCUUAACUCUGGUUUCUACUACCAAGACUUUAAUCCAACGAAUGAGAGAAUCAAGUUGGGAGGCUUUCAUAAAAGAAGUUAUAUUAUUUUGUGAGAAACAUGAAGUUGAAGUUCCUGAUUUGAAUGCAAUGCAUAUUCCUGAAAGAGGCCGAACUCGCAAAAUUGUUGACCAAAUUUCAGUAGAGCAUCAUUACCGUGUAAAUUUAUUUCUGGCUGUAAUUGAUACACAGUUGCAAGAGAUUAAUGGAAGAUUCAAUGAUAAUAUGGUGGCAUUGCUUACUUUAAGUUCAACUUUAGAUCCCAGAGAAAAUUAUAAGCUCUUCAGUGUCAACAAAGUAUGUGAAUUAGUAGAACGGUUUUAUCCAGGCGACUUCACUGACCAAGAGAAAUUUCACAUUAGAAUGCAAGCUCAACAUUAUGAACUUGAUGUUCCUAAUCAUGUUGAGUUAACUAACUUGUGCACAAUUUCGGAGUUAUGUCAAGGAUUAACGAAGACAGAAAAGUCUUUAACAUAUCCUUUGAUUGAUCGUUUGAUUCGCUUGGUAUUAACUCUCCCUGUUUCAACUGCUACAACUGAGAGAUCUUUUUCAGCUAUGAAUAUUGUGAAGAAUAGACUCAGAAACAAAAUGGAAGAUGAAUUUCUUGCUAAUUGUCUUUUGAUUUAUAUUGAGAAGAAGAUUGCUGAAAGAUUUGACACCGAUUCUAUUAUCGAUGAAUUUUAUGAUAUGAAGAAUCGACGUGUACCACUUCGUUAG